AUGAUAGCGGUGUUUGGAAACUUACCUCAGAAUAUGAUAGCGGUGUUUGGAAACUUACCUCAGAAUAUGAUAGCGGUGUUUGGAAACUUACCUCGGAAUAUGAUAGCGCUGUUUGGAAACUUACUUCAGAAUAUCAUAGCGCUGUUUGGAAACUUACUUCAGAAUAUGAUAGCGCUGUUUGGAAACUUACUUCAGAAUAUGAUAGCGCUGUUUGGAAACUUACCUCGGAAUAUGAUAGCGCUGUUUGGAAACUUACUUCAGAAUAUGAUAGCGCUGUUUGGAAACUUACUUCAGAAUAUGAUAGCGCUGUUUGGAAACUUACUUCGGAAUAUGAUAGCGCUGUUUGGAAACUUACCUCGGAAUAUGAUAGCGCUGUUUGGAAACUUACCUCGGAAUAUGAUAGCGCUGUUUGGAAACUUACCUCGAAAUAUGAUAGCGCUGUUUGGAAACUUACCUCGGAAUAUGAUAGCGCUGUUUGGAAACUUACCUCGGAAUAUGAUAGCUCUGUUUGGAAACUUACCUCGGAAUAUGAUAGCGCUGUUUGGAAACUUACCUCGGAAUAUGAUAGCGCUGUUUGGAAACUUACCUCGGAAUAUGAUAGCGCUGUUUGGAAACUUACCUCGGAAUAUGAUAGCGUUGUUUGGAAACUUACCUCGGAAUAUGAUAGCGUUGUUUGGAAACUUACCUCGGAAUAUGAUAGCGCUGUUUGGAAACUUACCUCGGAAUAUGAUAGCGUUGUUUGGAAACUUUACAAAAGGAAACAUAUUGAACUACCAAAUAACAACCUGGAGUGGAAAACAAAAUGCAACAGUAUUGGCAUGA